ACCAGCUCCUGAGUCUCUUUGGGGACCUGUACUUGGCCUGUACUGUACUGUAGAUCACAUGUACUGAGUAUAGCUGGAAUUAUUGUAUUGCUUGCUGACAGAGAUGGCUGUAAUCCAGGCACAUGGACCAGGGGUGCAGACCCUCCUCAGCCUAACUCUGCUCCUCUUGCCUGCGUUAGUGGCUUCCCUGUGGUACCCUAAAAGUCUGCCGUGUGAAGUCACCGUGCUGAGCAACGGGAGCGAAGUGAGUGUGAACUGCACUCAGGUGGGCCUUGGAUACGUCCCCUACGGCAUCCCGGCAAACACCACCAACUUGACCCUCACCAUCAACCAAAUCCGUCACAUUAACUCCAGCUCCUUCAAGGCACUGAAAAACAUCACUGAGAUCGAUAUGCGUUGCAACUGUGUACCGGUUAAAGUUGGCCCAAAGGACCACGUGUGCAAUCAGAGUGUGACUAUUGACGACUGGAGUUUUUCAAAGCUGAAGACUUUAAAAUCUCUCUAUUUGGAUGGAAACCAACUGACGACUAUACCAAAGGGCCUCCCUAAGAACCUUGUUCUGCUUAGUUUGGAGGUAAACAAUAUAUUUAAGAUCAUGAAAGCAAACCUGACAGAUAUAGAGAAACAUAUAGAGAAACUCUACUUAGGUCAAAACUGUUACUUCAGAAAUCCUUGCAAUACAACAUAUGAGGUGGAAGAUGAUGCCUUUCUGCUUGAGCGGUUGACGUUGCUAUCCCUAAAGGCAAACAAUCUGUCCUAUAUACCCCAAAGACUGCCUGCUAGUCUUAAGGAGCUGUAUCUCUACAACAACAACAUCCACAGAGUGAGCGUGGAAGACUUCCAGAACUUGACCAAUCUGGAGACGCUGGACUUAAGUGGGAACUGUCCUCGCUGUUACAACGCUCCUUUCCCCUGCGUGCCAUGCGCCAACAACGAUCCUCUCGACAUCGAUGACAAAGCCUUUGAAAACCUCAGGAAGCUACAAAUCUUGCGUCUUCACAGCAAUUCCCUCAAACGAGUUAAACAGCAAUGGUUUAGGAGCUGCACGAACCUUAAAGUACUGGACUUGUCAAGUAACUUUUUGGCUCAGGAAAUUGUAGUCGCUGACUUUCCUGCCUCCUUGCCUAACCUUGAGGAGCUGGACUUGUCUUUUAACUAUGAGCUACAGAAAUACCCGGCCUCCCUUAACCUCAAUAAAUCAUUCUCUUUGUUGAAAUCUCUUCAGAUUCUUCGAAUCCGGGGAUUAGUGUUCCAAGAGCUGAAGAAAGAAGAUAUCGAUCCUCUGGUGUCCCUUAAACACCUUAGAAUGAUAGACCUCGGCUUCAAUUUCAUUAAGAUUACUGACCUCAGCAUUCUGUCUAUACUUAAACAGGUUGCUAUCAUCAAUUUGUCAGAGAACAAAAUCUCAUCCCCCACUGAAAAUGAUUUGUCAUCCUAUGGUUCAGUGAGACACCCUUUGUAUGAAAACCCCAUGUUGCACAAUGCCCAGUUCUAUAAUAGGGAAGUGAGAGAGAUCCACUAUUUCAGAUAUGACGAAUUUGCGCGCAGCUGCAAAUACAAGGACAAGGAACUCGGAGUGGUGAGCCAACUCAAUACAGAGUGCACUCAACGCGGUAAGACCUUGGACAUCAGCAGAAAUAACAUAUUCUUUCUUCACUCAAAAUUUUUGAAUCUGGGCAAACUGAAGUGUCUCAAUCUGUCAGGUAAUGCUAUGAGUCAAAGUUUAAAUGGAUCCGAGUUUGAGAAUCUCAAAGACUCUCUUGAAUACCUUGACUUUUCAUCCAACCGCUUGGAUACAAUGUAUUCAUCAGCCUUUGGAGAACUGACCAACCUGGUUGUUCUUGACAUUAGCUACAACAAUCAUUACUUUGAAGCUGAGGGUUUAACACACAUGCUUAACUUCACAAGCAACCUGCGAAAGCUGCGAAAGUUGAUUAUGAACUACAAUCAGAUUUCAACAUCCACCAACACUGAAAUUGAAAGCCUAACCCUUGAGCACCUGGAGUUCAAGGGCAAUCGCCUUGAUAUGCUCUGGAGAGAUGGAGAUACACGAUACAUAAAUUACUUCAGCAAACUGGUGGGAUUAAAAAAACUUUACAUUUCUGAGAAUAAUCUCAACUUCAUCCCAGAUAUUUUUCAAAGAGGCCCGGAUGAUCUCACGGAACUGCACAUAGACAAGAACAAGCUCAAAAUCUUUCCCUGGGAUAAACUUGUGCAUCUUCCAAAAUUAGAAGUGUUGGAUCUCAGCGAAAACCUUCUAACAGAGCUCCCAGAAAAACUUUCCAGCUAUGCAGUAUCUCUCAGAGAGCUAGUACUGAGCAAGAACCACAUUUCCCAAAUUACCCCGACAUUUCUAGCCAAGAUAACCUCCCUCAGAGUCCUUGAUCUAAGUUAUAAUGACAUUCAGCACAUUGAACAGUCAAGCUUUCCGGAAGAUACAAUCGAGAAGCUUGACACUUUGUAUCUCGACAACAACAAAUUCCUGUGCACUUGCCGCUCCAUUUGGUUCGUCAUGUGGCUUAACCGUACCACCGUGCGAAUCCCCAGGAUAGCCACCGAAGUCAAAUGUGCCGCCCCAGGUGAGCAGGAGGGCAAAAGCGUUAUCUCCCUCUACCUUCCAGCCUGCCAACAGAACUAUCUAUCCAUUAUCCUUUACAUACUGCUGACAUCUCUGACACUGUGCUUCACCGCACUGUCAGUCUCCAGCCACCUCUUCCUCUGGGACGUGUGGUACAUCUACCAUUUCGUCGCGGCAAAGUUAAAAGGCUACAAGCGCAUGGACUCCGACUCCGACGGCAACUUCUACGACGCCUUCAUCGUCUACGACAAGAAGGACCCGGCGGUGUCCGACUGGGUGAUGCAGGAGCUGCGCGUCCACCUGGAGGAGGAGGAGGUGCCGUCCUUGCACCUGUGCCUGGAGGAGCGGGACUGGAUCCCCGGCUGGCCACUCAUCGACAACCUCUCGCAGAGUAUCCAGCAGAGCAAGAGGACCGUCUUCAUCCUGAACAACAGGUACAUGAGGAGCGGCGACUUCAAAACAGCCUUUUACCUGGCGCACCAGAGGCUCAUGGACGAGAAGAACGACGUGAUCGUUUUGAUUUUUCUGGAGAAGAUUGCCUGCAAUUCGAAAUACCUUCGACUUAGGAAGAGGCUGUACAAGAGGUCUGUGUUGGAAUGGCCAUCGAAUCCGCAAGCGCAACAGUACUUCUGGCACUGUUUGAGAAGUGUUAUGUUGACCGACAGUCAGACACAUUACAGCAAACUUUUCCAAGAAACUCUGUAGUUAACGUACUGCCACUGUAUUGCCUACUGUAUUUGUGAGGAGAAUUACAAUACUGUACAUUAUUUUCGUAAACAUACUUAUGUACAUAAUAAUCAUGUAGAUUUUCUUAUCAACUCCACAAGUAAUUGCAAAAACAUAGGCUUUGGUAUGUUUGCAUUUACUAGGAGUUAAGAGAUAGUUACUGUAUGAGUUACUGUUCGCUACUGAGUUAGGACAAUAUCUAGAAUUGUUAUGCCUUUCAUUAUACCUCACAAAUAC